AUGGCGUCCGACGAUUCUGCUGCAAUCUCGCACAUGUGUGCGAACCUUACACUUGCUGAUGUUGAUGCGGAGGAUGUAUCUGUGCAUUUACCUAACGUCCAGAUUAACACAUGCGAAGGGGAACCAGCGUACUAUGCAGUAGGCCGACUCGUUACCAACAGAUCAGUCAAAUUCCUGUUUUUUCAAGAUACAAUGGCCUCGGUUUGGCAACCAGCCAUGGGAGUUACGAUGAGGCAACUUCAACCACAGCGGUUCUUGAUCCGUUUCUACCAUGAAACUGAUCUCAAUAGAGCGCUAGCUGACGGACCAUGGACGUAUGAACAGAACUUGCUAAUCAUGCAGAAGUUGUGCCCGGAAGAUGAUCCAGAAACGAUGCCUCUGAACUUUGCUGAAUUCUGGAUCCAGAUACACUCUUUGCCUAUUGGUCUUCGAUCGGCAGUGGUAGUCUCGGCAAUAGGAGGUUUUUUGGGAUCCUUGGUCCAAACUGAUGAGAAGAAUUUUGAUGGUUCUAUGAGAAUGUACUAUCGAGUUCGAGUAUCAAUCGACAUCACCAAACCGUUGAAGAAACAGAUGAAGUUGAAAAAAGACAACGGUACAUGGGUUUUUGUUGAUUUUAAAUAUGAGAGAUUGCCAACUUUUUGUUUUAUCUGUGGUGUAAUUGGUCAUGGUGACAGAGUAUGCCCGAAGAUUGCACAAGGUUUUGAUGUGAAGUCUGAAAAACCCUAUGGUGUAUGGUGGCUACGCGCGGGUUCGCGGAGAGGUGUACCUACAGCAGGUCAAAAGUGGGUUGCUCCAGAACUGGAUAGUGCUCGCAAGGAUUGGAGAGCGCCUGGUAUGGAUGAUAUUGAAAAGCCAGUUGCGAACACUAGUAGCAGACCAAAUAUGGAUGUAAAUGUUAGCCGUGAACUUUCAGUUGCAAAUAUGGUCUCUAGUGAUGACUUACCAGAUGUUGUAGUGGCUGACUUUAAGAGGAAGAGGGGUGAUGUUGCCAGUACUUCAGAAACUUUGAAUGAGACAGCUAUGGAAUGUGACAUGAUUGGUUCAAAAAACGGGCAGAAGGCCGGUCUUGCUUCGCAAGCCCGCCAAGAAUUAUGA